AUGGUGCAGCGAGGUCGGAUCGCCAUCACAGGCGCUGGCGGAUUCCUCGGUCAGCUUGCCCGCGCGGAGUGUGAGGAGUUGGGCUUUGAAGUGCUGGGCAUCGAUCUGGCGUCACCACGUUGUCAGGGCGGGCCACGCAAAGCAGGGUCCGGGGUGGCCAAUGUCUCCAAAGUGGACGUGGCCCUGGACAUGAGUCAAGAGGGCGCCCUGGUGGGCGUAUUGGAAGGCUGCACUGAGGUGAUUCACCUGGCAGCGGAUGGGAGGCCGAGUGCAGAUUUCAUCUCCGAAGUCUUGCCCAGCAACAUCAAGGCCACCUAUCAUUUACUCCAAGAGGCAGAGCGUGCCAAAGUGAAGCGCGUCAUCUUCGCGUCAACGAACCACACCCAGCAUGGAGCGACCAUGGCCUUAGGUGGUCACUGCGGCACAAUGAGCUGGGAGCGGCUCCAAGCUGUAGGAGGUCCAGCGUCGAUCGCUCUGGGGGAUUCGCUCUCGCGUGCAGGACCGGACUCCUUCUAUGCGGUCUCCAAGCUCACAGGGGAGGCCAUGGGCUACCUCUACUCUCGUGUUCAUCAAUCCUUCGAGUUUGUCGCGCUGAGGAUAGGUUGGUGCCUCUACGACAAGCCCACAGACUUACAGGGCGAUGCCUGCGAGGACUACUUGCGCUGCAUGUUCCUCUCCCAGCGAGACUUCAAAGGCUUUUUGCGAGCUUCACUGCUUUGUGACUUGCAUGCUCACCAAGGAUUCCUCGUGGCAUACGCAGUGAGUCGCAAUGGGUUUCGCUCCUUCCAGCUUGAGGAGACGGUGCGGACGUUGGGUUAUAGCCCAGUGGAUGAUGCCGAGGACCACUACCAUGAGGUGGCGUUGGAUCGAGCUGAAGCCUCGGCGCAGCGCAGUCGGUGCUCUGUCCGGCACGAGGAGGUGCAACGGAGCUCCUUCUGUGCGUUGGGCACCUGUAUCGAGACCAGCUUUGGGCCUGGAGUGGUCUUGCGAUACCGCCCCACGGACGAUGUACAUGAGGUUCAGCUUUGGUGCGCGCUCAGCCACGGGAAGAACCGUGCCUUUCUUCCACGCCAAGCACUGAAGCAGGUGCUCUCGGCGUUACCGGGACUGGCGGUGUUGACCCCAAAGGGUCAGGGCCUGUGUCAGACUGUCAACGCAGAGCAAAUCUCUGUUGUUUUGGACGGAGGCGAGGUCGUUCGACUGGAUGCCGGAGACGUGCAGUGCCCCGUGGCGAAAACCUGGCCUUUAGUCAGCCGCUUCUUGGAUGCUGCAGCGGCCUUGCUGCGGCUACACUCAGGAACACUAGCACGCCUGGCGGAAGCCUUUCGUAACCUCGGCCUGGAGCAACUCCAGGAGCAGCUUCUGAGUAAGGCCAGCCAAGCGGCUGGAGACGCUCUGAAGCUUUGGGAUGAAUGGGAGGCAAAGGAGGCUCAAGAAGUGGCGCAAGUCUUGAAAUCUCACGCUGAUGAAGCCAUGCCAAAGUUGCGAGGCUUGGUGGAUGGCCUGGUCUCAGGGUUGAAUCAGCUGUUGAGUCGCGCUUCCUUCGAUGGGCAAUGGGUGGGCAAAGAGGAUGGCGAGGCACGGUGCACCAUCAGAGAUGCUGUGGUGUCGUGGCACUGGGGUGAGGAAUCGGAGUUGGAGAUUUGGAGUGAAACCUCAACAUCCACAUUGUUGAGCGGAGAGAUCUUCCGCGGCACCCUCCGACCCGAUGGAUGCCUCACGUGGAACGAUGGCGAUGUGUGGCGACGUGUGCCACCGGACGUGCAGGAGAUUCCCAAGGAGGACCUCCAGGAGGAGUCGAUGGAUGGUCUGCCUCAGCUGCAUGAGAGCUUGGCCGGUCUGAGAGGAAUGCUAUCUGAAGGCGAUCUGAAUCUGGAGAGCCUGGAUGAGGCCAUGGAGUGUUUGAGCAAGAUUGCCCAGACAGCCUCAGCCGAUGAGGAUGUGAAGGCUUUAGCUUCGAACCUGGAGGAGGAGAUGCAACGAUUUGGCCGCGAGCAGCUCCAGUGGAUCCAGCAGGAACUCGCUGAGUCCAAGGCCCCGGGGACUCUUCGCCGCGCAGCGGCUCCGGCGCCGAAAGGCAGCGGCUGCCGCGGCUCGUGUCCGGUGGUAUGGCUGGCGCUGGGGCUGGUUCUUGGCUUGGCCAUCGGCCGUGUUUGUCGGUGA